UUAGCACCUCAGCUUCGCCUCUGCCUUCGCCUUCCCUUUCAUAGUUUCUGCUAAUAUUCCCAGAAUCUUUCCUCCAAAAUCUACCUCUCGUUCUCACUGCGUCACUCAGCACGCGCAAAUCCACCGAGAUCGGUGGUGAGAAAUGGCGGGAAAUGAUUGGAUUAACAGUUACCUGGAGGCGAUUCUCGACGUCGGCCCCGGGCUCGACGAGAAGAAGUCGUCUCUGCUGCUCAGGGAGAGGGGGAGGUUCAGCCCUACCCGCUACUUCGUGGAGGAGGUCAUCACUGGAUUCGAUGAGACCGAUCUCCACCGCUCCUGGAUCCGAGCGCAAGCGACGAGGAGUCCGCAGGAGAGGAACACGAGGCUGGAGAACAUGUGCUGGCGGAUUUGGAAUUUAGCUCGCCAGAAAAAGCAGCUUGAGAGCGAGGAAGCCCAAAGAGUGGCGAAACGCCGUCUUGAGCGUGAAAAGGGUCGCAGAGAAGCAGUUGCAGAUAUGUCUGAAGAUCUAUCGGAGGGGGAAAAAGGAGAUGUAGUUGCUGAUCUCUCAUCUCAUGGUGAAAGCACAAGAGGUCGGUUACCUAGAAUUAGCUCUGUUGAUGCUUUGGAGGCCUGGACUAAUCAACAGAAGGGGAAAAAGUUGUACAUCAUAUUAAUUAGCCUCCAUGGCUUGAUACGAGGGGAAAAUAUGGAGCUUGGCCGUGACUCUGAUACCGGUGGUCAGGUGAAGUAUGUUGUUGAACUGGCUAGGGCAUUGGGUUCUAUGCCUGGUGUUUAUCGUGUUGAUUUGCUUACGAGACAAGUUUCAUCACCAGAAGUUGACUGGAGCUACGGUGAACCCACAGAGAUGCUACCUCCACUAAACUCAGACGCGAUGGAUGAGAUUGGAGAAAGUAGUGGUGCUUACAUAGUUCGCAUUCCUUUUGGUCCAAAGGACAAAUAUGUUGCAAAAGAACUUCUAUGGCCUCAUAUUCCUGAAUUUGUUGAUGGUGCUCUUAGCCAUAUCAUGCAAAUGUCAAAGGUUCUUGGUGAGCAAAUUGGUAAUGGACAGCCAGUCUGGCCUGUUGCUAUUCAUGGGCACUAUGCAGAUGCAGGUGACUCUGCAGCCCUAUUAUCUGGUGCAUUGAAUGUUCCCAUGCUUUUCACUGGUCAUUCACUAGGUCGUGAUAAGCUAGAGCAACUUUUAAGACAAAGCAGAUUGUCAAGGGAUGAGAUCAACUCUACCUACAAAAUAAUGCGUAGGAUAGAGGCAGAAGAAUUAUGUAUUGAUGCCUCGGAAAUCGUCAUAACUAGCACAAGACAGGAGAUAGAGCAGCAGUGGAAUUUAUACGACGGUUUUGAUCCAAUUCUAGAGCGCAAACUACGUGCUAGAAUUAAACGCAAUGUGAGCUGUUAUGGAAGGUUCAUGCCUCGCACAGCUGUUAUUCCACCUGGGAUGGAAUUUCAUCACAUCGAACCACAUGAUGGAGAUAUGGACACUGAAACUGAAGCAAACGAAGAUGGAAAAGCUCCAGAUCCGCCUAUUUGGACUGAGAUAAUGCGCUUUUUUUCAAAUCCGAGGAAGCCUAUGAUUCUAGCACUUGCAAGGCCAGAUCCAAAGAAAAACCUCACGACCUUAGUCAAAGCAUUUGGGGAAUGUCGGCCACUAAGGGAGCUUGCUAAUCUUACUUUAAUAAUGGGCAACCGGGAUAAUAUUGAUGAAAUGUCGGGAACAAAUUCUUCAGUUCUUCUGUCAAUCCUUAAGCUGGUUGAUAAGUAUGAUCUUUAUGGCCAAGUGGCAUAUCCUAAGCACCAUAAGCAGACUGAUGUUCCUGAUAUAUACCGUCUAGCAGCAAAGACCAAGGGUGUCUUCAUUAACCCAGCUUUCAUUGAGCCUUUUGGGCUUACUCUGAUUGAGGCUGCAGCAUAUGGCUUACCGAUGGUUGCAACCCAAAAUGGUGGUCCUGUUGAUAUACAGAGGGUUUUAGACAAUGGUCUCCUUGUUGAUCCCCAUGAUCAACAGUCAAUUGCUAAUGCUCUUUUGAAGCUGGUUGCAGACAAGCAUCUUUGGGCAAAAUGUAGAGCUAACGGAUUGAAAAAUAUUCACCUUUUUUCAUGGCCAGAACAUUGCAAGACAUAUCUCUCCAAAAUAGCAACUUGUAAACCAAGACAACCCUGUUGGUUGAGAAAUGAUGACGACGACGAUAACUCGGAAUCAGAUUCGCCAAGUGACUCCUUGAGGGACAUACACGAUUUAUCAUUAAACCUAAAGUUCUCCUUUGAAGGAGAUAAGAAUGAGAGCCGGGACAAUGUCGAUGGCUCUGUAGACUCUGAAGAUCGAAAAAUUAAGCUAGAGAAUGCUGUGCUCUCAUGGUCUAAGGGAAUGGCAAAGAAUGCCCAAAAACCUGGGUCGACUGAAAGGGUAGACUCCAAUGCUGGAAAGUUCCCAGCAUUGAGGAGAAGGAAGCACAUAUAUGUCAUUGCUGUGGAUUAUAAUACAAGUGCUGAUCUUUCUGAAACUGUUAGAAAUAUUUUCGAGGCUGUUAAGAAGGAGAGGACAGAAGGCUCUGUUGGAUUUAUCUUAGCAACAUCAUUUAACAUUAUUGAAAUACGUUCGUUUCUGAUUUCAGAAGGAUUAAACACCACCGACUUUGAUGCAUUUAUCUGCAAUAGUGGUGGUGAUCUUUAUUACUCAUCUGCUAAUUCAGAUGAUAACUCAUUCGUGGUGGACUUGUAUUAUCAUUCACAUAUUGAAUACCGCUGGGGAAGUGAAGGAUUAAGGAAGACCCUAGUGCGGUGGGCAUCUUCUUUAACAGAUAAGAAGGGGCAAAAGGAAGAACUUGUUGUUGAAGAUGAAGAAACUUCUGCAGAUUACUGCUAUUCUUUUAAAAUUCAGAAGCCUGGAGUGGUUCCCGCUGCAAAGGAACUAAGAAAGUUGAUGCGAAUUCAGGCACUACGUUGCCAUGUCAUAUAUUGUCAAAAUGGAAGUAGAAUCAAUGUUAUUCCCGUUUUGGCUUCUCGUUCCCAAGCACUCAGGUAUCUGUAUCUUCGCUGGGGCAUGGACUUGUCAAAGGUGGUGGUUUUUGUCGGGGAGAGUGGAGACACUGACUACGAACAAUUGCUUGGCGGUGUUCACAAAUCUGUAGUUCUGAGCGGAGUUUGUAGCAGCCAAGUCGAUGCUAGCAGAAGCUACCCACUCACGGACGUCAUAGCUUACGACAGCCCUAAUAUCACCACAACCAGUGUCUCCGAUCUCCGAGCAUCACUGGAGGAGCUGAAAGUCCUCAGUGGCUAAGAUUUCCAGUUACCACCACACCCUGUUGCACCGCAUCCAUCUAAAAUAAAUUAAGCAUACAUGUUUUCGUUCAUGCUACUUUACGAUAAAUGGCAGAUACACACUGCUGCCAGUCUGCGAGGGAGCUUAUAACUCGGUUCCUUACGUGAAAUAAUACAUUUUCUUCUUUGGUUGGAUCAAAUUGAAGCAUAAAAAAAGUUACCCGUUUGCUACUUUGUUGUACAAGUCUUAGUACUAGCAAAUGUGAUAUUUGUACAGAUCUUGCGAUUUUCUUAUUAAAUCACAAAUUUCUGA